UCUAAACCACUUGUAGCUAUCAAACUAAGGUGUCCUGAAGGAAAAACCAUAAGUAGGCGAUUCUACAAGACUGAUCACCUCUAUGAUUUGCUCAAUUUCGUCACAUCUCAAGGAUUCCCCGUUGAACGUUACAAGUUACUUACAGCUUAUCCUCGGAGGGAUGUAAGUUUGCUA